UAAUAUUGAAAUUUAGCCACUCUAACAAACCAUAUAUUAUCCGUAGACUAGUCAACCUCUGUUACAGCAUUACUUUGCAUCCGAAGGGUGAAAUCCAAGUACUCUCUCGAAGCUAAUGAAGUUGGUCAUGACCUCCGUGGAGCAACUGACUCCACAACUCACCCUGCAAUGCCCUCCAUUCAUUCCUCUCAUAACCACCUUAAACCACACAAGCAUGGGGUGCGUACACUACCACCACCACCACCACCACCAGCAGCAGCAGCAGCAGUAAAAAUUAAGAUCAAUGGGCAUGGUGUUUGGAAAAAUCACAGUGGAGACGCCCAACUACCAAGUCCUUCAAACAUGCCCGGACUACGAGAUCAGGAAGUACGCCCCAUCAGUCAUCGCCCAAGUCACCUACGACCCCUCCCAGCUGCGUGGUGACCGAGACGGUGGUUUCAUGAUCCUGGCCAAGUACAUCGGUGCUGUUGGCGAGCCACACAACACCAAGCCUGAGAAAAUCGCAAUGACUGCUCCUGUGAUCACCAAAAGUCCAGAGAAGAUCGCCAUGACCGCCCCCGUUGUAACCAACGGUGAUGAGAGCACGAAGGUCACCAUGCAGUUCGUGUUGCCCUCCAAAUACACCAAAGCGGAGGAGGCGCCGAAGCCAACCGAUGAGAGGGUUGUUAUAAGGGAGGAAGGGGAGAGGAAAUACGGAGUUGUGAAGUUCAGUGGAGUGGCUACUGAUAAAGUGGUGAAGGAGAAGGUGGAGAUGCUGAGAAGGAGCUUGGAGAGGGAUGGGCACAUAGUCGCUGGAGAUUUCCUGCUUGCCAGGUAUAAUCCACCAUGGACUCUGCCUCUUCUCAGGACCAAUGAGGUCAUGCUGCCUGUUGAAUAAUUAAUAUUUUUUUUUUUUGGUGGGGGGUUUAAAACUUUAAAUGCAUGUAAUAUUGGCAGUCUGUAUUUUAAUUUUACAUAAUUAAUUUCCAUGCAUUAGAUCAUGGAAGACGCAUGAUAUUAAUUAAACAAAAAUAUGAAAUUAUUGAUCUUAGAAUCAAAUCAGUAAAUAGUCAUCUUCCUUGAUUUUGAGAAGUGCGUACGUGGAAAGGGGUAAAAAUAAUGAAUUGUGAAAAAAAAAAGAACUACUCUAGCACUAAAACUAAGCUUUUCUACAUCCUCUUCCAAUUAUCUACUCAAAAGAUUAUUGUUCUAACCUACCAUGUGAAACUAUGCUUUGUUUUCCACUCAUGAAUUU